AUGCGAUUUAUUCAACAAGAGAAAAAACUUCGGAUAUAUAACAUCGAUACUACUGACACGACAAAAUCUAGACACGGGGAAUUAUUUCCGAAUACGGUUAGAUCAUUAGUAUUGGGUAGUUCGGGUUGUGGCAAAACAAAUUUAAUAUAUUUUUUACUAGUUGAUGAAAACGGACUGCGAUUUGAAAAUGUUUACAUUUAUUCAAAAACGCUCGAUCAACCAAAGUAUAAGUUAUUAAAGCGGAUUAUUAACGAAAUCGAUGGUGUUAAAAUAUUUACAUUUUUCGAAAAUGAUAAAGUUAUAUCGCCCGAAAAAGUUUUACCGAAUUCUGUGUUUAUUAUGGACGAUGUUAUCGGGGAACAGCAAGCUGUUAUUAGAGAAUAUUUUUCACGAGGACGACACAAUAACGUAGAUAUAUUCUAUCUAGCCCAAAGUUAUUCGAAAGUGCCUAAACAAUUGAUACGUGACAAUGCAAAUUUAAUAGUGUUAUUCAAACAAGACGAAACAAAUUUAAAACAUGUAUAUAAUGAACACUGUUCGGGUGAUAUGUCUUAUAUCGAAUUUAAACAUUUUUGUAACACAUGUUGGAAUCGCGAUAGGUUUGCUUUUGUUGUUAUUUGUAAAGAUAAUGAACGCGAUAACGGGCGUUACCGAUUUGGAUUCGAUACGUAUGUAGCUAUAUAA